AAUAUAGUUUCCUUAACACCUAUCACUUUCUGUCCAACAUGUAUAUAUUAAACAGAAAAAAAGAAUUGUCUUCAACACAUAGUUCUGCCAAAUUGCAUCGAUAAAAAUAAACAUGGCAGAAGAAGAACUGAAUCAGUCUCUUGAAUAUACACCAACAUGGAUUGUUGCAGUUGUUUGCUCCAUCAUUGUUUUCAUCUCUCUGAUUGCUGAGCGUGCCCUUCACCGCCUUGGAAAGUACUUGAAGAGGACAAAGCAGAAAGCAUUAUAUAGAGCCUUAAACAAAUUGGAAGAAGAGUUGAUGCUUUUAGGGUUCAUUUCCCUUCUCUUAACCGUCUUUCAAGAUCUAAUAAGCCACAUUUGCAUCUCACCUAAGCUUGCAACCCAAAUGCUUCCAUGCAAGAGGCCUCAUGAAUCUUUACAAGGUUCAGGUCAUGAAUGGAUAGACUACGAUACUAUAAUCAACAGAAGAAGGCUUUUUUCUACAGAUACUGGUCCGCAGCAUUGUAGGGGAGAGGGGAAGGUACCACUGUUGUCACCGGAAGGAUUGCAUCAUCUUCACAUUUUCAUCUUUGUAUUGGCUAUUGUACAUGUAGUAUUCAGUGUCACGACAAUGAUUCUUGGAGGAGCAAGGAUCCGUCAGUGGAAAAGCUGGGAGGAUUAUGCUAGGAGGACGAGUGAUGAAACUCUCAGACUACAGAUAGAUCGGUUCUUCAACAAACAUGCUCAGGGGUAUUGGAGAAAAGCAGCUGUUGUUAGUUGGCUUAGAUCAUUCUUCAAACAAUUUUAUGGCUCAGUUGCAAAAUUUGACUACCUUGCGCUGCGGCAGGGAUUUAUCAAGGAACACUUCCCGAACAACCCCGAUUUUAAUUUUCAUAAUUACAUCACGGGGACACUUGAAGUUGACUUCAGAAAAGUUAUAGGCAUAAGUUGGUACCUGUGGCUUUUUGUUGUGCUGUUUUUGCUGUUGAAUCUUGAAGGGUGGCACACUUAUUUCUGGUUGGCCUUUUUACCAUUGAUAAUUCUACUUCUUGUUGGGGCAAAGUUAGAGCACAUAAUCACUCGUUUAGGCCAGGAAUCGGUAGCAAAGGGAGAUCCAACUAAACGAGUCAAGCCAUCAGAUGAAUACUUUUGGUUUGGCCGCCCGGCCAUUGUCCUCGACUUACUUCACUUCACUUUGUUUCAAAACUCUUUUGAGAUUGCAUUUUUCUUUUGGAUUUGGUCCACAUAUGGAUUUGAUUCAUGCAUUAUGGAGAAAAUAGCAUACAUCAUUCCAAGACUUGUUAUGGGUAUAAUUGUUCAAGUGCUUUGCAGUUACAGCACCUUGCCUCUUUACACUCUUGUAACUCAGAUGGGAAGCAGGUGCAAGAUUGAAAAGUUUGAUGAGAAGGUGGAAUCACCUCCCUUGUUGCAAAGAAUGACCAAAGAAUCAAACCAAAAUUCUCAAAUUGGUGAACAAGCAAUUAUCAUGAUGGAAGAUCUUCCAAUAUCAUCAACAAUUGAACUUCAACCUAUUAUUCAAUCUCCUUUGGAAAGACAUAAUACAUUCAAUACUCAAUAGUUAUUAUUCUUUGAGUAAAAAAAUAGUUAUUAUUCUUUGCUAGUUAUUAUUCACUAGCAUGCAUGAAUUCAUUAUUAUUGUAUAUAUGAAAGAGUGUGCAUACAAUAUUUGGUUUUUAAUACAAAUUAAAAAGGAAAUGAAAAAAAAAAUGGGAAGUUAAAAGAAUAAUUGUGGUUGUUGAUUCUAAUCACAUGUCAUGUCUGACCAACUUAUUAGGUGUGUUGAAUUUUUAAAUGAACAUUUUAAGAAUUGAUUUGAUUUCUAAA